AUGGGGAUCAGGUUACCGCCCAGGAGGGCAAAGGAGGCGGAGUUGGGGGGUGACGGGACUCCGGUGCUGGUGUCGGUGAAUGUUACGAGGAGGUUGAAGCUGGAUGGGAUCGUGAGGACAGUUAUCACUCUAGGUUGCAACAGAUGGGGAAUACAGAAGCCUGCUAUACUGGAGAAUUCAGUGACAAUGUUAUCAAAUGCUGAAUUGCGAAUGGCUAUGUUUAGUUUAGGAUUGUUCAUGGCUUUGCAACCAAGGAUAAUAGCCUGUGGAAAGAAACAUGCAACAAUUGGAACGCUGAUAAGGUUCAUUACUGGUCCUGCUGUAAUAGCGUUAGCUUCUGUAGCAGUCGGCAUUAGAGGCAAACCACUCAGAGUCUCUAUAGUUCAGGAUUUGUUUGUUCCUGAGCGUCCCAACUGA